GAGGAGGAAGCAAGUUUACUCAGCAGAACAUUCUUCUACUGGGUCAACUGGAUCUUGAUCGUGGGAUACACAAAGCUUCUCACAGUAGCGGACCUGCCAUCAUUGGACCAGGAUCUCAAGGCCGAAGAGGCAUGCAAAGGCGUCCUGCAGGCUUGGGACAGGCGAGGACAGCCGGAAACAAUAAGGACUCUCCCAAGAACAAUCCUGCACGCGCUCUGGGCACCAUUCCUUGGCGCGAUACCUUGGCGAAUCCUCCUGAUCAUCUUCAAGUAUAUGCAGCCAGUCCUAAUUAAGAAAGCGAUAACGUUCGUCACCGAGUCGCAGACACAACCUGCCUCGAUCGAGUCAAAGACUCUCAUCUCAGCAGCAGUGGGCAUUUACAUGGGACUAGCAAUCAUCACAGCCCAGUACAACCAGUCUUUGAACAGACUGCGGAUUCGAACGCGCAGCGCACUUAUAGCACUUGUCGAGCAACAGACGAUGCGUUCAUGGGCUGAUUCCUCUUUGGAGGGCAGAGUGGCCACGCUGAUCAGCAACGAUGUGGACGCGCUCGAGACUAUCCUGGAGAUGGCGCAUGAAACCUGGGCUCAGACGCUCGAGGUUGUGGUCGGAUUCUUCUUGCUGUCGCGUGAGGUUGGGUGGCUGUGGCCGGUCCCGCUUGUGAUGAUCUUUGUGUGCUCGAGAGUGAGCCAGUUCGUCGCCAGAACUCUACGCGCGAAGCAAGGAAGCUGGAACGCUGCGACCCAGGACCGCAUCUCGCUCACCAGCUCCAUGAUUUCCAACAUCAAGUCGAUCAAGAUGCUGGGAAUGCAAUCUUCCAUGGUCCAGUACAUUGAGAAAUCCAGACUGCAUGAGCUCAAGAUGGCCAGCAAAGUCCGCUGGUUGAUGGUUGCGUACAAUGCUUCGGCCAACGCGCUGGGCAUGUUCGCGCCCGUUGUGACCAUCGUGCUCUAUGCAGUCCUAACCAGACGCCAUGGCAACCAGCGUCUGGACACAGAGGUGGCGUUCACUGCUGUCGCGAUCUUGGGCAUGGUCACGCAUCCGGCCAAUAUGGUCAUGACUAUCGUGCCGAGGAUCGUGGCGUCAUUUGCCAGUUUUGAGCGCAUACAAGAGUUCCUGACCCAGGAAUGUCGCGUCGAUAAAAGAGAACCGACUGAUGACGAUUUCGAAAAUGCAGUCUCGAUCACGAACUUAAGUAUUGGAAAUCCAGAGGCCAUCUUGUCACAUCUCAAUCUAGACGUACAGCGAGGCACAUUCGUGGCGGUCAUGGGAUCCACGGGAAGUGGCAAGUCCCUACUUGCCAAAGCCAUUGCAGGCGAGACUGAUGCAGGGCCGGACUGCAGCAUUCGACUUUCUACGGUUGGCGUGGCUUACUGCUCGCAGAAUGCCUGGCUGCCGAAUCGAAGCGUGAAAGGUGUCAUUACCCAGUAUGGCAGCCAAAUGAUAAACGGAGAGGAUUGGUAUAGAAAGGUCCUCCGAGCAUGUUGCCUGGAGGAUGAUCUUGCCAUGCUGUCUGCAGGCGACCUCACAAAAGUUGGCCCUCGGGGGAUGAACCUGUCUGGGGGACAGCGUCAGAGAGUGGCCCUCGCUCGCGCCGCCUUCGCGAGAGCCAAGCUUCUAGUUCUAGACGACCCGUUCAGUGCGUUAGAUGGAAAGACAGAAGGGCAGGUUGUUUCGAAUUUACUUGGCCCCGAAGGGAUCUUCAGGGCACUUGGGACGACCGUGAUUUUGUUCAGCCACGCCACUCAACAUUUCCACCUCGUCGAUAAUGUCUAUGAGAUUAAAGCUGGCCAGCUUCUCAGAACGGAGCGAUGGAGUGCCACCAUCCGACACGACGGAAAAGGUCCUUUGAGAACCAACGCACAACGUGAUGUCGAUGAAGCAAGCGAUGCAGUCCCGGCUGUGGCAGGUUCGCUCCAGCCUCAGGCUAUCAAGUUCACCGAAGCUAUGAAACCCAGUUGGCAAAAUGGAGAUGCCUCGCUUUAUGCCUUUUAUGUAGAGGCCGCAGGGUACAAGAACUUCCUGUUCAUGGCCAGCUGCUCCGCCAUCUAUUCGUUUUUCAUUACGUUCCCGCAGUACUGGCUGAAGAUGUGGACCGAUACGACACAGAAUGAUGAUGCGCCGUUCGUCUUGGGAUAUGCUUCGCUGGUGCUCGCUGCUUGGCUCACUACGAAUGCGAUGAUGUGGUCCACUGUCAUCCAUAUUGCCCCUCACUCAGGCCGUACUUUGCAUUCUAAACUGCUAUCUAUCGUCUCAGAAGCACCUUUAUCAUACUUCCACACCAAUGGCAGCGGCUCGAUCUUGAAUAGAUUCACCCAAGAUAUUCAGUUGGUGGACAAACAACUGCCUUCCGCAGUGUCAGCAUUAGCCGUGCAAAUCUCCAAAUUAACCAUGCAGGCUGUUCUGCUCUUUGUUGCUCAGCGACUGCUCAUGGUGACAUUUCCAAUAUGCAUGAUCGUAGUGUACUUCGUCCAGAAGCUCUACCUACGUACGUCGAGGCAGCUCCGCCUGCUCGAGCUUGAAUCGAAGGCUACCGUGCUGGCAGCCUUCAUGGAGACUGUAGACGGGCUAUGUACUAUCCGGGCGUUUGACGGCGCUCAAGAGUCCACCGUCCACCAUCUCCAUCAGCUCGACGAGUCGCACAAGCCCCUGUACAUGUUGUUGUGCCUCCAGCGAUGGCUGAAUCUCGUUUUAGACCUGCUGGUGGCAGGUAUUGCAGUGGGUGUGAUCGCCCUCGCAGUUCUCUUCAGGAGCUCGACGACUGGUGGUGAGAUCGGCAUGGCCCUCAAUCUCGUACUGGUCGCGAACACGACCCUGGUGCGGUUGGUAGAGUCAUGGACGAGUCUGGAGAUCUCUCUCGGAGCUAUCGCCCGACUGAAGUCCCUGGAGUCUGAUGUUCCACCCGAAAGGGAGCCUUCCGAGAAGCUGGUACCGCCUGAGACGUGGCCCUCGGCCGGUUCGCUUGAGCUCCGGAACGUCACAGCAUCGUACAACACAGAAAACGAUGCACUCUGCCAGGUUCAACUUGCUAUUGAGCCUGGCAAAAAAGUUGUGCUUUGCGGUCGCACUGGGAGUGGCAAGAGCUCAUUGUUGCUCACGCUGCUGCGCCUGAUUCAUGUCAAGCAUGGCACAAUCACAGUGGACAGCAUCGACAUAGGACGGGUUCCGCGCUCCAUUCUUCGGCAGCGAUGCUUUGUCACCAUUCCGCAGGACGCCAUACUCCUGAGUCAACCCUCUUUGCGUUUCAACCUGGACCCAACAGAGUCGUUAUCGGAUGAAACACUGCUCACUGCCCUUUCCAAAGUGCGGUUGCGAGACCAUCUAGCUCUGCAUGAAGUACGGGCCAACGCGUCGGCUGCGGGAGGGUCUGAACAAGCCCGGCUCAUGCUUGAGCGACCACUCUCUGCGCUACCAGCGCUGUCCGUGGGGCAGGGCCAGCUCCUCGCUUUGGCGCGUGCUUUGUUGCAUGUCUACCGGAUCAACACUACAGGUGCCAAGCCUAUCGUGCUGCUCGACGAGGCAACAUCUUCGUUGGACGCGCAGACGGAAGAGCUCAUCCUCGGCAUCAUCCACGGCGAGUUGACGCUGCAGGGUUUCACGGUCAUCAUGGUGGCUCACAGGGUCAAAGCAGCUGCGGCAUACAUGCGCGAAGAGGACGUGGUCGUGUGGAUGCAAGACGGAGAAGUGGUGAAGAGAGGCAGUAGGGGAGAUAUGACGAGCUAGACAGUGUCGGCUGGUAUUCCGGUCUGUGUGAAAUGACAACAACUGAGGUGAGCACCAUG